AGAGCGACACGGGCUGUCAGGAUGUGUUUUCCAGAGGCUGCUAAGAGAGAACAAGGUUGGUAUGACCUUUGAGGAUGUCGCUGUGCACUUCUCCCGGGAGGAAUGGUGCCUCCUUGAUGAGGCUCAGAGACGCCUGUACCUUGAUGUGAUGCUGGAGAACUUUGGACUUGUAUCCUCUCUGGGUUGCUGUUGUGGAACAAAGAAUGUGGAGGCACCAUUUGAACAGAAUGUUUCUGUGGAAGUGUCACUGUCAAGGACUCCAGAGGAAUCUCCAUCUUCCCAGAAAACCCACCCCUGUGAGAUGUGUGGUCUGGUCUUGAGAGACAUCUUCCACUUGACUGAGCACCAAGAAACUCUACACAGACUCAAACUGUUGAGAUGUGGAGCAUGUGCAAAACAAUUUUAUUUCAGUGCAAACUGUCAUCAGAAUCAGGAGCAGCACAAUGUGGACAGAGCCUCAUCUGCAAAGAGCUGCAAUUUCCGUAUGUCACGGAAGCCCUUUACCCAUGAAGAGGUUGGGAAGGACUGCCUGACCACCUCAGGACAUCUCCAGCAACAGGCUACUCACACCAGGGAGAAGCCAAACAAAAUCUCCAAAAGUAGGGUGACUUUUCAACACAUAAAAAGUAAAGAAUGCAAGAAAGUCUUCAGUUCCAAACACACACAUGUUAAGGACUCUAAUAUACACACUAAAAGACAGUGUUUUGUAUGCCAUGAGUGUGGGAAAACAUUCAGGUACAAAUCCUCAUUUGUUAUUCACCAGAGAGUCCACACGGAUGACAGAAUUCAUGUAUGUGAUGACUGUGGAAAAUCCUUUAGGGGAAGCUCAACCUUCAAUCAACACCGAAGAAUUCACUCUGGGGCAAGGCAGCACAAGUGUGGUAAAUGUGGGAAAUCCUUUAACCAAAAAUUUGUCCUCAUUUAUCCUCAGAGAAGUCACACCGGAGAAAGUUGUUAUGUGUGUUGUGAAUGUGCACCAUCUUUCAGGCAGAGCUCUGUUCUUAUUCAACAACAGACAGUUGAUCCUGGAGAAAUGAGUUUUGAGUGCACUGAAUGCGGGAAGAUCUUUAAACGAAAAACUGACCUCAUUGAACACGGGAGAGUUCACACAGGAGAAAGGCCUUUUGAGUGCAGUGAAUGUGGGAAAUCUUUUACUUCUAGCUCUGCCCUUCGUUAUCAUCAGAGAGUUCACACUGGAGAAAAGCCUUACAAAUGUAGUGAAUGUGGGAAGUCUUUUACUUCUAGUUCUGGCCUCCGUUAUCAUCAGAGAGUUCAUACAGGAGAAAGGCCAUAUGAGUGUAAUGAUUGUGGGAAAUCUUUUACGCAAAUAAAUCACCUCAUUAUACACCGAAGAAUUCACACAGGAGAAAGGCCUUAUGAGUGCAGUGAAUGUGGGAAAUCCUUUAGCCACAAAUCUUACCUCUCCCAACACCAGAGAGUUCACACUGGAGAAAGGCCUUUUGAAUGUAGUGAAUGUGGGAAAUCUUUUACCUCUGGCUCCGCCCUCUGUUAUCAUCAGAGAGUUCACUCUGGAGAAAAACCCUAUGAGUGCAGUGAAUGUGGGAAAUCUUUUACCAAUGGACCAAUACUCAUUCGACACCUUAGAAUUCACACAGGAGAAAGGCCUUAUGAAUGCAGUGAAUGUGGGAAGUCCUUUACCCAAAGAAAUCACCUCAAUAUACACCAGAGAGUUCACACAGGAGAAAGGCCAUAUGAAUGUCGUGAAUGUGGAAAAUGUUUUACCUCUGGCUCUGCCCUUCGUUACCAUCAGAAAGUUCACAUUGGAGAAAGGCCUUAUGAGUGUAGUGAAUGUGAGAAGUCUUUUACCUCUAGCUCUGCCCUUCGUUGUCAUCAAAAAGUUCACACAGGAGAAAAGCCUUUUGACUGCAGUGAAUGUGGGAAAUCUUUUAGGGAUAGUUCCCAGUUGAAUCAACACCAGAGAGUUCACACUGGAGAAAAACCUUAUGAAUGUACUGAUUGUGGGAGAUCGUUUAGCCAGAAUGCGUACCUCUCUAAACACAGGAGGAUUCACACUGGAGAAAGGCCUCAUGAGUGUGGUGAAUGUAGGAAAUCUUUUACUUCUGUCUCUGCCCUUGGCUAUCAUCAAAGAGUUCACACAGGAGAAAGGCCUUAUAAGUGCAAUGAAUGUGAGAAGUCUUUUACAAAUAGCUCAAUACUCAUUAGACACCGGAGAGUUCACACUGGAGAAAAGCCUCAUGAAUGCAGUGAAUGUGGGAAAUCCUUUACCCAAAGAAUUCACCUCAUUAUUCACCAGAGAGUUCACACAGGAGAAAGGCCUUAUGAGUGCAGUGAAUGUGGGAAAUCUUUUACUUCUCGUUCCACUCUCCAUUAUCAUCAGAGAGUUCACACGGGAGAAAGGCCUUAUGAGUGCAGUGAAUGUGGCAAAUCUUUUAGCCGAAAAUCUAACCUUUCUCAGCACAUGAGAGUUCACACUGGAGGAAGGCCUUAGAUGUGUAGGAAAUGUACAAGU